AUGCUUCUAUUCUUCUUGCUCCUGCGAGACAUUUCUUGGGCGAUUCGCGGUUUCGUCAUCGCUUCCACUACCGUUGCCUCUGGCGUCAUUGGGCUUCGGGUGCUUUACAAGAUAAGAGGCCAGGCGGGAGGGAUUGGCUGGGAUGACUAUACCAUUGUCAUUGGCGUGGUUGUCACCUUGAUUGCAGCGAUUGGGCAAUUCUUGACUGCUUGGUAUGGAAUGGGCCGCGAUCAAUGGAAGGUCCCAACCGAGCAUGUCACCAAAGUGUACAAGUGUUUCUUUGUCUCUGCCGUAGGCUACAAACUCGGUAAUGCAGCGACGCGUGUCUCGCUCCUCUGUUUCUAUUUGCGAAUAUUUGGAAAGGGCAUUGCCUAUAUCAUCAUUUGGGUCUGCAUAGCUUUGACGAUUAUUAUCGGCAUUGUGUUUGCCCUUGCUGAUGCACUCCAGUGUAAGCCCGCUCGAGCCUUCUGGGAGGGCUGGGAUGGCGAGCUUUGGGGACAGUGUGGCAGCUUAAGUGCCAUCUCCUGGGCUCACUCCAUACUAAACAUUGUGAUGGAUGUCGCGACCUUGGGCUUGGCAUUCUGGAUUGUUCAUAAACUGAACAUGAACUGGCGAAAGAAGGUUGCUGUGAUAGCAAUGUUUCUUCUCGGAUCAGCAAUCACGCUCGUAUCGUUUCUCCGCCUCCAAGCCCUUCCACCAUUGUCGAAUACACGUAACCGAACCUGGAAUCUGGCACCGGUGGCAUACUGGUCGGCUAUAGAGAUGUUCUUUGGCAUGGUCUGUGCCUGUCUGCCUGCGCUCAAGAAAUUGGGUGAUGCAACGUGCGGCUCUGGCAGAACCACCGCGCGUACUACUGGCUACGAACAACAGCCUCCCAGUUACCCCAGUCAGGGACACAGUAAAAACAGCAGAACUGACCCAACCAUGACCUUUUCCGAGUGGAAUGACUUGGGCAAUCCUGCGAGUCGUGACGGUGGGGUCAGUGAUACUGAGAUGGCGACCUUGGCGGAAAGAAAAGACGAUGUCUUUGUUGUCGAGACACAACAGACUUGGGAUGCGACAAAAACAAAUAACUAG